AUGGUUGAGCUGCGUCGAGCUUGUUCGAUCUCCCUGGCCAAUACGUUGGUGGUGGUGAAUCUAUUGGAGCUGCAAGAGCACCUUCAACCGCAAGUGCCUCCGGAACCACCACCGGAUCCGCCGGAACUGCCUCUCACACUGCGUCUUGCCUCCUACCCCUGUUACUCUCCACUUUCUCUACUAGUUCUCAUCCUCCGGUGUUGCCAUAUCAGAGCUGCUACAAAGGAAUCAACUUUAUUCUCCCUCGUGGGAGAUGUAUCUCAAAAGAAGUUCUGGCGAGGCUCGAACCACUCUCCGUCACGAUUAAAACUGAUUGGAGGCUUCUCAAGUAACAUCUGCAAUCAACCGUAA